AGCCGGCAGUUUUCCAGUAACCACAUGUAAAUCUUCGGCUUAUUUGUUCUUUGGUAUUAACAGGGAAGCAGUCUACUGGAAAAACGAUACUUUAAAGAUUUUGGUGCAUUCGAGGUGUGUCAUCUGGUUUUUGCACCACCCCUCCUAUUUGACACUCGGAGCCGGGAUUUUUUUUUUUUUUUUGUCAGGCAGUUGGGCAGGAGCAGAUUCUAGUACAACAGCUCGGAGCUUCCCUUCUGUUCUGGUGCCGGCAACUGCCUGUCAUGAAGAUGGUUCAGUGGGAGCCUGCUCAGAAGAGCCAAGGAAGAUGAUGUGGAAAUGGAGUAGAGAUUGCUAGAAAUCUGAACAUCCACACCUUGGGGAUGGGUUGCACUACUAGUGUAAUUCUGUUUAAAGGCAUCCGCACCGUUUUUGAAAGAAACUGUGCUUAUAUGUGCAAACAGCAAGGAGAGAAUAAUGCCCUUGAAUAUACAGCAUACCAUUGGACAAAAGAAGAUUCAGAACUAUUGAUCUCCUCCUGUCUGGCAAAGCCAAAGCUGAUUGAACCACUCGACUAUGAAAAUGUCAUCGUCCAGAAGAAGACACAGAUCCUGAACGAUUGUUUAAGGGAGAUGUUGCUCUUCCCUUAUGAUGACUUUCAGACCGCCACUCUGCGGCGACAGGGUCGGUAUAUGUGCUCCACGGUUCCUGCGGAUGCGCAAGAGGAAGCGCAGAGCUUAUUUGUCACAGAGUGCAUCAAAACCUAUAACUCUGACUGGCAUCUUGUGAACUAUAAAUUUGAAGAUUACUCGGGAGAGUUUCGACAGCUUCCAAACAAAGUGGCCAAGUUGGAUAAACUUCCAGUUCACGUCUAUGAAGUUGAUGAGGAGGUUGACAAAGACGAGGAUGCUGCCUCCCUCGGUUCUCAGAAGGGCGGGAUCACCAAGCACGGGUGGCUGUACAAAGGCAACAUGAACAGUGCGAUAAGCGUGACCAUGAGGUCAUUUAAAAGACGGUUUUUCCACCUGCUUCAACUUGGUGACGGAUCCUACAAUUUGAAUUUUUAUAAAGAUGAAAAGAUCUCCAAAGAACCCAAAGGAUCGAUAUUUCUGGAUUCCUGUAUGGGCGUGGUUCAGAACAACAAAGUCAGGCGGUUUGCUUUUGAACUCAAGAUGCAAGACAAAAGCAGUUACCUUUUGGCGGCAGACAGUGAAGCAGAAAUGGAAGAGUGGAUCACGAUCCUAAAUAAGAUUCUCCAGCUCAACUUUGAAGCUGCAAUGCAAGAAAAGCGAAAUGGAGACUCUCAUGAAGAUGAUGAGCAAAGCAAAUUGGAAGGUUCUGGUUCCGGUUUAGACAGCUACCUGCCUGAACUUGCCAAGAGUACCAGAGAAGCAGAAAUCAAACUGAAAAGUGAAAGCAGAGUUAAACUUUUUUACUUGGACCCAGAUGCCCAGAAGCUUGACUUCACAUCAGCUGAACCCGAAGUGAAGCCAUUUGAAGAGAAGUUUGGGAAGAGAAUUCUUGUCAAAUGCAACGAUUUGUCUUUCAAUUUACAGUGCUGUGUUGCAGAAAAUGAAGAAGGACCCACCACAAAUGUAGAGCCUUUCUUUGUUACUCUAUCCCUGUUUGACAUCAAAUACAACCGAAAGAUUUCUGCCGAUUUCCACGUGGACCUGAACCAUUUCUCUGUGAGGCAGAUGCUGGCCACCACAUCCCCGGCUCUGAUGAACGGUGGCAGGCAGAGCUCGCCUGCCCUUCAGGACAUCCUUCAUGAAGCUGCCAUGCAGUAUCCGAAGCAGGGAAUAUUUUCAGUCACGUGUCCUCAUCCUGAUAUUUUCCUUGUGGCUAGAAUUGAAAAAGUGCUUCAGGGGAGCAUCACACACGGCGCUGAGCCAUACAUGAAAAGUUCAGACUCUUCUAAGGUUGCUCAGAAAGUGCUGAAGAAUGCCAAGCAGGCAUGCCAAAGAUUAGGACAGUACAGAAUGCCAUUUGCGUGGGCAGCAAGGACGUUGUUUAAGGAUGCAUCUGGAAACCUUGACAAAAAUGCCAGAUUCUCUGCUCUCUACAGGCAAGACAGCAAUAAGCUCUCCAAUGAUGACAUGCUCAAGUUACUGGCAGACUUCCGGAAGCCUGAGAAGAUGGCGAAGCUCCCAGUGAUUUUGGGCAAUCUAGACAUUACAAUUGAUAAUGUUUCCUCCGACUUUCCUAAUUAUGUCAACUCAUCAUACAUUCCCAUGAAGCAAUUUGAAACCUGUAGUAAAACUCCAAUCACAUUUGAAGUAGAGGAAUUUGUGCCCUGCAUACCCAAACACACUCAGCCUUAUACAAUCUACAACAAUCACCUUUAUGUUUAUCCUAAGUACUUGAAAUAUGACAGUCAAAAGUCUUUUGCCAAGGCCAGAAAUAUUGCUAUUUGCAUUGAAUUCAAAGAUUCAGAUGAGGAAGACUCUCAGCCUCUGAAGUGCAUUUAUGGCAGACCUGGUGGACCAGUGUUCACAAGAAGCGCCUUUGCUGCAGUUUUACACCAUCACCAAAACCCCGAAUUUUAUGAUGAGAUUAAAAUAGAACUGCCCACCCAGCUGCACGAAAAGCACCACUUGUUGUUCACAUUCUUCCAUGUCAGCUGUGAUAAUUCAAGUAAAGGGAGCACAAAGAAGAAGGAUGUUGUUGAAACACAAGUUGGAUAUUCCUGGCUUCCUCUCCUGAAGGAUGGAAGGGUGGUGACUAGUGAACAGCACGUUCCUGUCUCAGCCAAUCUCCCAUCUGGCUACCUUGGCUACCAGGAGCUUGGGAUGGGCAGGCAUUAUGGUCCAGAAAUUAAAUGGGUAGACGGAAGCAAACCACUGCUAAAAGUUUCAACUCACCUGGUUUCCACAGUGUAUACUCAGGAUCAGCAUUUACAUAAUUUUUUCCAGUACUGCCAGAAAACUGAAUCUGGAGCCCAAGCCUUAGGGAGUGAACUUGUAAAAUACCUUAAGAGCCUGCAUGCGAUGGAAGGCCACGUGAUGAUCGCCUUCUUGCCCACCAUCCUAAACCAGCUAUUUCGCGUCCUCACCAGAGCAGCCCAGGAGGAAGUUGCUGUCAAUGUGACACGGGUCAUUAUUCAUGUGGUUGCCCAGUGCCAUGAGGAAGGAUUGGAGAGCCACUUGAGGUCAUAUGUUAAGUAUGCUUACAAGGCUGAGCCAUACAUUGCUUCCGAAUACAAGACAGUGCACGAAGAACUGACGAAAGCCAUGACCACAAUUCUCAAGCCUUCUGCUGACUUCCUCACCAGCAAUAAACUCCUUAAGUAUUCAUGGUUUUUCUUUGAUGUUUUGAUAAAAUCCAUGGCUCAGCAUUUGAUAGAGAACUCCAAAGUUAAGUUAUUGCGAAACCAGAGAUUUCCUGCAUCCUAUCAUCACGCUGUGGAAACCGUUGUGAAUAUGCUGAUGCCGCACAUCACUCAGAAAUUUCGAGAUAAUCCGGAGGCAUCUAAAAAUGCAAAUCACAGCCUUGCUGUGUUCAUCAAGAGAUGUUUCACCUUCAUGGACAGGGGCUUUGUCUUUAAGCAGAUCAACAACUACAUCAGCUGCUUUGCUCCUGGAGACCCGAAGACCCUCUUUGAAUACAAGUUUGAAUUUCUCCGUGUGGUGUGCAAUCACGAACAUUACAUACCUUUGAAUUUACCGAUGCCAUUUGGAAAGGGCAGGAUUCAGAGAUACCAAGAUCUCCAGCUUGACUACUCAUUAACAGACGAGUUCUGCAGAAACCACUUCUUGGUGGGACUGUUACUGAGGGAGGUGGGGACCGCCCUCCAGGAGUUUAGGGAGGUCCGGCUGAUUGCCAUCAGCGUGCUCAAGAACCUGCUGAUAAAGCAUUCUUUUGAUGACAGAUAUGCUUCGAGGAGCCAUCAAGCAAGGAUAGCCACUCUCUACCUGCCUCUGUUCGGUCUGCUGAUUGAGAAUGUCCAGCGGAUCAACGUGAGGGAUGUGUCGCCCUUCCCUGUGAACCCCGGCAGUACUGUGAAGGAGGACUCGCUGCCAGCCGCGACCCCACUGGUGACGCCGCAGAAGCCUGGCAUCGCGCCGGACGGCAGCCUGCACAAGGAGCUCUUCGGCGCCAUCUCCGGCCUCGCUUCUCCAUAUACAACGUCAACUCCAAACAUCAAUAGUGUGAGAAACGCUGAUUCAAGAGGAUCUCUCAUAAGCACAGAUUCGGGGAACAGCCUUCCAGAAAGGAAUAGUGAGAAAAGCAAUUCCCUGGAUAAGCACCAACAAAGUGGCACUUUGGGAAAUUCUGUGGUUCGUUGUGACAAACUUGACCAGUCCGAGAUUAAGAGCCUGCUGAUGUGUUUCCUCUACAUCUUAAAAAGCAUGUCUGAUGAUGCUUUGUUUACAUAUUGGAACAAGGCUUCAACAUCUGAACUUAUGGAUUUUUUUACAAUAUCUGAAGUCUGCUUACACCAGUUCCAGUACAUGGGGAAGCGAUAUAUAGCCAGGAACCAGGAGGGGUUGGGACCCAUAGUUCAUGAUCGAAAAUCUCAGACAUUGCCUGUUUCCCGUAACAGAACAGGAAUGAUGCAUGCCAGAUUGCAGCAGCUGGGCAGCCUGGAUAACUCUCUCACUUUUAACCACAGCUACGGCCACUCGGACGCUGACGUUCUUCACCAGUCGCUGCUGGAAGCCAACAUCGCUACUGAGGUGUGCCUCACGGCUCUAGACACACUCUCUCUGUUUACACUGGCAUUUAAGAACCAGCUCCUGGCUGACCAUGGACAUAAUCCUCUCAUGAAAAAAGUUUUUGACGUCUACCUGUGUUUUCUUCAAAAACAUCAGUCUGAAACAGCUUUAAAAAAUGUCUUCACUGCCUUAAGGUCAUUCAUUUAUAAGUUCCCCUCGACAUUCUACGAAGGGAGGGCUGACAUGUGUGCAGCUCUGUGCUACGAGAUCCUCAAGUGCUGCAACUCGAAGCUGAGCUCCAUCAGAACUGAGGCCUCCCAGCUGCUGUACUUCCUCAUGAGGAACAACUUCGACUACACUGGAAAGAAGUCCUUCGUCCGCACACAUUUGCAGGUCAUUAUUUCCGUCAGCCAGCUGAUAGCAGAUGUUGUUGGGAUCGGGGGAACCAGAUUCCAGCAGUCCCUGUCCAUCAUCAACAACUGUGCCAACAGUGACAGGCUCAUCAAGCACACUACCUUUUCCUCGGACGUGAAGGACUUGACCAAAAGGAUACGCACAGUUCUGAUGGCCACCGCCCAGAUGAAGGAGCAUGAGAAUGACCCGGAGAUGCUGGUGGACCUCCAGUACAGUCUGGCCAAGUCCUACGCCAGCACUCCUGAGCUCAGGAAGACAUGGUUGGACAGCAUGGCCAGGAUCCAUGUCAAGAAUGGGGAUCUGUCUGAGGCAGCGAUGUGUUAUGUCCAUGUCACAGCCCUGGUGGCAGAAUAUCUCACACGGAAAGAAGCAGACAUAGCCCUCCGUCCGGAGCUGCCCCUCUUCCCCUCCAGCCACAGCACCUGCCAGAGGAGGCGCCGGGGAGGCAUGUUUAGACAAGGAUGCACAGCGUUCAGGGUGAUUACCCCAAACAUAGACGAGGAGGCCUCCAUGAUGGAAGACGUCGGAAUGCAGGAUGUCCAUUUCAACGAGCUGCCGCUACCUGCUUCACUCGGACUAAACGAACGCUCUAGACGGCUGAAACAGACCAGUGAUAGCUCUGCCAUCCCCCUUUCUAGGAAUUCCUCCUUUUCUCUGGAAAGAGAUUUUGAGGAGCUAGUUAGGAGCGAGGAUGUGCUCAUGGAGCUUCUAGAGCAGUGUGCAGAUGGACUCUGGAAGGCUGAACGCUAUGAGCUAAUCGCUGACAUCUAUAAACUAAUCAUCCCCAUUUACGAGAAACGGAGAGAUUUUGAGAGGCUGGCUCAUCUGUAUGAUACACUGCACCGGGCCUACAGCAAAGUGACUGAGGUCAUGCACUCAGGCCGCAGGCUCCUGGGGACAUACUUCCGAGUGGCCUUCUUUGGACAGGCAGCGCAAUACCAGUUUACAGACAGUGAAACAGAUGUGGAGGGGUUCUUUGAAGAUGAAGAUGGAAAAGAGUAUAUUUACAAAGAACCCAAACUCACACCUCUGUCAGAAAUUUCCCAGAGACUUCUUAAACUUUACUCAGAUAAAUUUGGUUCUGAAAAUGUCAAAAUGAUACAGGAUUCUGGCAAGGUCAACCCUAAGGAUCUGGAUUCCAAGUAUGCAUACAUCCAGGUGACUCAUGUGGUUCCAUUCUUUGAUGAGAAAGAAUUGCAAGAAAGGAAGACGGAGUUUGAGAGGUCCCAUAACAUUCGCCGCUUCAUGUUUGAGAUGCCCUUCACUCAGACUGGGAAGAGGCAGGGCGGGGUUGAGGAGCAGUGCAAACGGCGCACCAUACUGACAGCAAUACACUGCUUCCCUUAUGUGAAGAAGCGGAUCCCCGUCAUGUACCAGCACCACACCGACCUCAACCCCAUUGAAGUGGCCAUUGACGAGAUGAGCAAGAAGGUGGCUGAGCUCCGGCAACUGUGCUCCUCAGCCGAAGUGGACAUGAUCAAACUGCAGCUCAAACUGCAAGGCAGCGUGAGUGUUCAGGUCAACGCAGGCCCACUAGCAUAUGCCCGAGCUUUCUUAGAUGACACAAACACAAAAAGAUACCCUGACAACAAAGUGAAGUUGCUUAAAGAAGUUUUCAGGCAAUUUGUGGAGGCUUGUGGUCAAGCCUUAGCAGUAAAUGAGCGACUGAUCAAAGAGGACCAGUUAGAGUACCAGGAAGAAAUGAAGGCCAACUACAGGGAGAUGGCGAAGGAGCUUUCUGAAAUCAUGCAUGAGCAGAUGGGAUGAUUUGCCCGCUGGAGGAGAAGACGAGCGUUUUACCGAAUUCCAUUCACAUCUUCAAUGCCAUCAGUGGGACUCCAACAAGCACCAUGGUUCACGGGAUGACCAGCUCGUCCUCAGUUGUGUGAUUUUGCCUCGUGGGCCACCUGUGGGGACUUGUCAUUUGCAAACUCAGGAUGAUUUCCAAAGCUAAUCACUGGGCUCGUGCAAGACAUGGGGAAGACCGAGCACAAGGAGAAGUGGAGGGGAAUGGGAGAGAAAGGAAAUAAAGAACUGUGCUAUUUCGUAGCAGGUUUUCUAGAGGAGUCAUAAGAGGGUACACAUAUUUUUUUAAAUCUUGCUGGCAAUAUUCAAAGUUUUCAUUCUGUCUUAACAGAGGUGUGUGGUGGACUCUCUUAAGCCGGAGUGAAAUUUUAUUCUUCCUUACAGAGUAGUAAUAAAAUAAAUGGCCUAGAGAAAACAAGUGUUCUGGAAUGUACAUAGCAGGGACAGUAGCACUGAAAUUGAGGCUGGAGUAAUCUCUGCCUCUAGGCUAAGCUGGAAAAUCUUGAACAUAUUUUUUUUUCCUGUGGCACAUUCAGGUUGAAUACAAGAACUAUUUUUGUGACUAGUUUUUGAUGACCUAAGGGAACUGACCAUUGUUAACUUUUGUACCAGUGAGCCAGGAGGUUUAGUGCUUUUAUACUCAUCUACUUGCAUUUAAAAAAAUAUGAAAGCUUAAGAAACUAUGUGAGCUUAAAACUAGUCAAGCAGUUUAGAACCAAAGGCCUCUAUUAACAAACAAAACUAUGCUAAAAAUUUAAAAGUAGUACAGUAUAUUGUAAUGUACAUAGAGUUUGUUAAUACAGUCUCCACAUUGUGUACAUACAUGUAUUACAUUUCUACAUUUUUAAUAACUCCUCACAUCAGCUUCUGCAUUAAGUUCAGUUGUGAUAAACUUGUGCUGCUCUUAGUAUAUGCAAUACACUUGACCUUCCUGUUUUAUCCUUGUACAUAAGAAAGUGCAAUAUGGAGAUGUACACAGUCUUUGUUAUGUUAGGUUUAUAAACUGUUUUAAAAAUUUCAUCCUUUUGCCAAAGUGGUGGAGUGUGUAAUUGGUAAAUCAUAAAUCCUGUGGUGAAUAGUGGUGUAAUUUAAAGCUUUCACCAUGUUAUAUUUUCUUUUGAGACAUUAAUUAGUAAUUUUAUAUUUGGAAAAAAUAAAGGUUUUUAAUUUUAUUUAACUAGAAUCUCUGCCCUGCUGUAAUUAAACAUUCUGUACCCCAUCUGUAUUAAAAAUAACAUUGCUCAUUU